AGCAGAAGUUGUUUGAUAUCUCCUCUUUGUCUGGUUGGUGCUUUUGGGAUUGAUAAUUUCUUGGGAAAUGGGGAGAUCUCCAUGUUGUGAGAAAGUGGGGUUGAAGAGGGGACGAUGGACAGCCGAAGAAGAUGAAGCAUUGACCAAGUACAUCAUCAAUGGAGAAGGAUCCUGGAAGUCUUUACCCAAGAAUGCAGGUUUGUUGAGGUGUGGGAAGAGCUGCAGGCUGAGAUGGAUAAACUAUUUGAGGCCAGACUUGAAGAGAGGGAACUUCACUGCUCAAGAGGAAGAAACCAUUGUUAAGUUGCACAGCACUUUGGGGAAUAGGUGGUCAUUGAUAGCAGCAGAGCUGCCAGGACGAACAGACAAUGAGAUAAAAAAUUACUGGAAGACUCAUUUAAGGAGAAAAAUUUACAGCUUCACCAAGAAAAUACAUGAUGGCUCUCCACAUAUGGAGGCUGUCCGAAUUGGUGACUUAGCACACAAACACAAAGGUCGAACCAGCCGGUCAAACAUGAAAAGGCAGAAGCUAGCAUUGAUGUCACUAGGGAUGGCUAGCAAGAAUGGCACAGGCACUGCAACUGAUCAGGAAACUGAAGGCGCGGCAGAGAAAACCAACAUCAUUGGACAAAUGAGGGACACCAACAUUUUGAGAGAUUUGCAGGCCGGGGAACUUGGAACAAAUGGUUGUUGUAUGAACAACGAUGCGAGGACUGUAGAUGGUUGCAUUAAUGAUAAGAGUGACAGCCCAGCAAUAUGUUCUGGCGACGAGAGCUGCAACAAUAACGCUGCUUAAGUGCUGUACGACCCCAGCGACAGGGAAACUGGUGUCAUUGAACCAUAUGAGUGGCUUGAUAGUGAAAUACAGCGGCUUUGCAGAGUGAAUUUGCGGUGGUGGGUCCUAGUGGGGAUGGUUGCUCUGACCCCAAGGAAGAGAAUGGCAGUAUCAUGGUUAUGACUGAGGAGAUGGACAGUGAAAUCCCAGCGUCCGAAAGUGAUGACGAGGAAAGAGGUAGCUACAGCAUUUGGAACUCGGAUUGUGGGAGGAGUUCUGGAGAGUUGCAGGUGUGUCGUUCAUCACCAUGGAAAUUCAUGAUUUGAUGAGGGGUGGCUUGGUUGGGAUUUUGACGAAGCUGAUGUACUUGGGAUUCGGAGCCAUGAUCGAUGGGAAUCACGGGAUGAUCUUAAUUACUUCCAAAGUGUUAAUCAAAACCAUCAGGGAAUCAUGGGAUGAUCUUAUAUACUUCGUAAGUACUGUUGAUAAAAAUGAUCACUGAUAUAUGUAACAUUACUUGUAUAAAACACUAGUGUAGUUAUUAAGUGUGAAUGCGCUGCUACAUAUAUUCCAUGA